UAACCGAGACAGUCGUAUUUAACUUUCUGGAAACAAUAUUAUUGAAUUAUUAUUCUCCUAAAACCGGUUUAAUUUUGAAUCCUGCCACAGGUGACGAAGAAACAAUUCAGGAAGCUAUUGAUAAUAAGUUGAUUGACCCAGAAAGUACUAAAAUUAAAGAUGAUCAACAAAGAAAAAUAAUCGGAAUAAAAGAGGCAAUUGACACGAACUUGUUAGAUACCGAAAAGGGAGUCCUGACUCAUCCGUAUCUUACAUUAGACCAAGCUUAUAACAAAGGCUACAUUUUAAGUACGAUUUUGCCAUGGUCGCUUCAAGAAACAUUAGCCCAAAAAGUAUACGAUCCCCUUACCGGUUUAUUCGUUAUUAACAAUUACUCGCUAACUUUAGAAGAAGCCAUAAAUGAAAAUUUCAUAAAUCAGAACGUUUUAACAAUUAAAGACCCUUGUACAAAUGACAUUUUAACACUUAAAGAUGCCAUUAAAAUAAAUAUUAUUGAUCCUAAGAAAGGUGUCGUGUAUGAACCUGGAAGUAAACUUGAACUUAACUUAUACGAUGCUCAAGAUCGAGGAAUUAUAGUUCCUUACAAAAAUCAACUUAGUUUACCAGAAGCAGUUUGCAAAGGCUUCUAUGACCCAAAAACAGGCAAAUUUAUUAAUCCUAAAACAAAACAGAAAUAUAGAACAGAUCCUGCUAUUCGCAGAGGUUAUCUGGAUCCGUCAUCUACGUUAGUGACAAUCGAUGAAAAUGUUUACACAUUCGAUCAAGCUGUAGAAGGAGGUCUUAUAGAUACAAACGAAGGUCGAAUAGUUCUCGACAAGCAGCGAACGUUUGACUUUAGUGAAGGUUUCGAAAAAGGACUUUUAGUAGAAGUUAAGCCUCCUGUUUCUUUAAGUGAAGCUUUGCUAAAACUGUAUCAUCCCGAAACACGACUCUUUUUAGAUCCUCAAACAGGCUAUUACGUAACUCUCAUUGAAGCCAUUGAACUAAACAUAAUUGAUCCAGAAAAUGUACACGUUAAGGAAACAAGAUUAGGUGUGUGGAAAAAGUUGACUUUAAUGGAUGCGAUUCAUAAUAAUACUGUUAAUGGUGAAACUGCUUUGGUUAAAGUGUUUUCAAAAGGUGAACCUUUUGAAAUAACAUUACAGGAAGCCUUAGACACAGGAAUUCUAAUAGACAACCGAGCUGCUAUAUCUCUUCAACGGGCUAUUCAUCAGGGUUUAUAUGAUGAAAGAAGUGGUAAAUUUAUAGAUCCCGAAAAUCAACGAAAAAUUACUCUUCAUGAAGCGGUUAGAAAAUUUAUUGUUAAUCCUCUUCUACCUUGUUACUUUGAUAAAAGACAAAAUAAAGUUUUAAAUACGAGUGAAACGUGCAGACUUGGUAUUAUCGACAAACGUAACGGUACUUUUAAAUUUCCUUUAACUGGACGGACCAUAAAUUUAAACGAAGCUUUGAACAUUGGCGCGAUUAUUGAUAUUGAAAAUACUAAUUUUGAUCUUUAUCAAAUUCUUGAGUUUGGAUUUUAUGAUGAACAUUCGAAUAUGCUAAUACAUCCGGCUACAGGAAAAAAACACAAUAUAAAUAGUGCUUGUUCUCAAGAAUUAAUUAACCCCUUUAUUUCUAUUAUAAAAAACACAGAUAAUAAAUAUAUCUCUCUAAAUGAUGCGUUACAGAUCAAAUUAAUUGACGGAGAGCAAAAUAUUUAUAGAUUACCAAAUAAUAAACCAAUUUCUCUUAAUGAAGCUAAAGAAAAAGGUUUAAUAGUUACUUCUUCUAAACCAAUAAGUAUUAAUGUAGCAAUAAAAAAUCUUUUCUAUAGGCCUGAUACCGGAAAAUUUGUUAAUCCAUCGACAGGGCAGUUUUUAAAUCUUAGGCAAGCAAUAGAAAGUGGUUUUAUUAGUCAAAAAACAACCCAGUAUAAGGAUACUACUAACGAUGAAAUUAAGUCACUUAUUUCCGGUAUCAAUAAUGGAAAUAUUGAUGUUGAGAAAGGGAAAGUAUUGGAUACGAAAUCUAAACUUACCUAUUCCUACGACAAGGCUUUAGAAAGUGGGCUGCUUAUUAAUGUUGACGACUUAGAUUUUGAUGAAAUAACUGAAAAAAUGGUUAGCAGCUUAGACAAACCAAAAGAAAUAAAACAGGCUGAAGAAUAUUCUGUUGAAGAUGCAAUUAAACUGCAAUUGUUGGACCCACAAGUAGCAGUAAUUAAAGAUCCCCGUUCUAAUAAAUUCAUAACUAUUGAAGAAGCAAUAAGCUCAGAAUUGGUAAAUAUUAAGAAGUGUCUCACUUUUGAAAUUCAAACAACGAAACUUAAAUCUCUUAUAUUAAUAUAUAAUAGCGAUACACCAAUUUACUUAAAAGAACCUCUAAGCUUUGAUAGUGCUUUAGAAUUAGGUUACUUGGAUGUAAAAACUAGUAAAUUUACAGAUCCACAAUCCAACAAUAUUCUUACUCUUAAAGAAUCAAUCACUCUUGGUUAUAUAGAUCCAGAUUCGGCAUUAAUUAAAGAUGGAGAUAAAAAGAAACUAGUAAAACUUCCUGAAAGCUUUAGAAAAGGCUUAAUUGAUGCGGAGAAAGGAAAUAUUUUGGACUCAUCUACAUCAAAACUGUACACUUUAUCAAAUGCGAUAGAUAGUGGAUUAUUAAUAACUCCUAGCCGAGGAUUUACUCUCAUUGAAACUAUAGUUUUUGGACUAUAUAAUCCCACAACGGGUUGCUUCGUUAAUCCGUUUAUAUCGACAAAUAUCUUAAACAGAAAACGUUUAACAUUACUUGAGGCGAUAGAAAUCAAUUUAAUUGAUCCGUCACUUACUGUAAUAAAAGACACUGAAACUGGUGAUGUGGCGUCUUUAUGUGUAUCAAUCGAUAACAAUUUAGUAGAUGCAAUUGGAGGAAAGUUGGACGAUCGCGUUGAAAAAAAGCAAAUCGAUUUUGUUAAAGCUCUUGAUAAAGGUUUAAUUCUUCCAGCAGAGCAAAGGCAAGCUGUUGAAGAGAAGUACAAACUUUGUGAUGAAACUUUAGCGAAACUUCUCAAAUGGAUUGAAGAAAUAGAAAACAGAAUAUCAGCCCAAGAUGCUGCUCAUGAAGUAGAAGAGGAACUCCGAAAUCAAAUUAAUACUCUAAAACAAAUUAAGGAUGAUCUAGAUCAACAUGCAAGUCAUUUGUCACAUUGCAGUGAUCAAGUGCGACAAUUAGUACUAACAGGCGGUGAUGUUCUUUCUAAAGGAGAAAUAUCAACGUUAGAGAAAAGCAGUCGUAAUUUAAAAACACGUUAUGAUAAAGCAGUUGAUCGUACAGAGAAAUUAUUAAGACGUCUAUUUUCUGCUAAAGAUGAGCUUUCUAAAUUAACAAGUGAAUUAAAUACCUUUUCGACGUGGUUAGAUAGAGCCCGACGAGUUUUAGAAGAUAAAGAGAGAGGUUUAAGCGAUUUACACCGACUGGACUCCAGUGCUGAUAGCAUCAGAGAAUUUGUAUCAGAUGUCAUUGCUCACCAAGCUGACUUGAGAUUUAUAACAAUGUCUGCACAAAAGUUCUUUGAUGAAUGCAAGGAAUAUUUACACAUUCUUAACGAUUUUCGUACUUCACUUCCUUCUCGUUUAUCUCACAUUGAACCACAUUCAUCUCAAGAUUCCCCUGUCCGUAGUCAAGUAUCACUAGUGACUCAAAGAUAUCGUGAUCUGUUACAUAGAGCUAACAACUUGCAAGACCGUUUGUCUGGUGUUGGUAAUCGUAGAAGAGAAUAUAACGAUGCUUUAGAUAAGGCGAUAGAAUGGAUGAAAGAUGCUGAACCAAGAGCCUUGAGAAUCUUAAACGAGCCUAUAGCAGAAGACCCAAAAUCUGUUGAAGAUCAGCUGAAUAGAGCUAAAGUGCUUAAUAAUGAAUUUGUAGCCAAUAGUAAACUCAUAGAUACUGCUAAGCAGGCAACCGAUUCUCUAUUACAUUCCAUGGAAGGGCAAAUAUCUCCUUCUGAAAUUUCAGCUAUAGAGCAACCUGUCAUAGAACUGGACAAUAAAUAUAAAAAAUUAAGUGGAGCUCUAACUGAAAGAUGCCAAGAGUUAGAUACAGCUUUGGUGCAAUCUCAAGGAGUACAAGAUGCAUUGGACUCAAUAGUUUCGUGGCUUAAUUCUGCUGAGAGUCAAUUUAAAAACAUGGUAAAACCUGCAAGUUUAAUUAAAGAACGUUUGGAUGAACAACUUCGAGAACACCGCGUUUUCCAAUCAGAUAUAGACACACAUAUUUCUUCAAUUGAUUCUGUAUAUUUAUCAGCAAAUGAGCUGAUUGCAUCCACCAGCAAUGCUAGAGUUGCUAAAAAAAUUGAAACCAAAUUGAACGAUGUGAAAUCACGUUUUGAAAAAUUAUUUGACCGUGUACAAAAACGUGGAGUCUUUUUAGAAGACAUCAAUGGCAAUUUGACUGUCUUUAAUAAUCAAGCAACUAAAUUUGAACAAUGGUAUGCAAGUGUAUUAGAAAUAAUUGACUCUCAGGAUCUUCUUAAAGUUUCGCCUGAAGAACAUGCACGACAUAUGAAGGAAAUAGCUGUUAAUUUACACAAAAAUCAAAAUAUGUACGAAGACACAAUAAAAAUUGGAAAAGAUUUAAUUAAUCAACGAGAUGUUACUGACACUCCUCCAGUUCGUGAUCGAAUUAAAGCUAUGGAAACUCAAUGGCGAGAACUUAAUACACUUCUUGAUGAAAAACAUAAAUUAAAUAAACGAAAGGUUGAACACCUUAAUGCAUAUGAAUCGCUUAGAGAACAGGUUACGGUGUGGUUGGCAAAAAUGGAACAGAAAGUUGCUCGUUUAGAUACUGUAGCCGUUGAAAUGGAAGCAUUAAAGCGCCAAAGUGAAGAAUUAAAACCCAUUUCUAAGGAAUAUAGAGAUUUUGCCACAACGAUUGAUACAAUUAAUGAUGUUGGAUCUUCGUAUGAUUCACUUAUUCGAGGAGAAAUUCAAGAAUCUCCUAAAAGAAAAUCUCAAGUUUAUAGUCCAACUAAAAGAACAUCUGUUACUCCUACGUCAAUGCGACGUGGUUCCCAUGAUGGCCGUUCUCCAUCGCCCAGCAAGGGUCUUUCCAUUCAGUCUCCUUUAUCUCCGGGUGGCUCCAGUGGUUUUUCUUCAAGAAGGUCUAGUCAAGAUGGUUUCCAUUUAGAAGAGCUUACUCCUAUUCAACAUCAACUCUCUGAAAUUAAUAAUAGAUACAAUCUAUUAGGCAUUAAAAUUAAUGAUCGUCAGUCAGAAAUAGAAUCAACUAAGGAAGAAUUAAAAAAGCAGCUCGAUAAUCUGAGAACAUUAAAUGCAUUCUUAGAUAGAAUUCAAAGACAAUUACCAAAAUCUUCUGUUCCUAGCAGCAAGGAUGAAGCUGACAAGACCGUUAAACAAAUUAGACAAGUAAUUGAAGAAAUAUACGAAAAACAAUCGCUUCUUGAUUCUACAAAAAUACAGAUUAAAGAUAUGUUAAAAAGAAAGCCAAAUGCAUACGGUUCCGAUUUAUUAAAUGGGGAACUUCAACAAGUUGUAACAAAAUGGAAAACUCUAAACGAUGGUUGCAAGGAUAGAAUUAAGUUCCUAGAAGACAUGAAAGAAUUCCACGACACUUACGAAUCUAUGUCAUCUUGGUUAUCUUCAAAGGAACGAAUGUUGACUGUUCUUGGACCAAUCUCUAGCGAUUCACGUAUGGUUCAAUCACAAGUACAACAAGUUCAAGUUUUAAGAGAGGAAUUCAGAUCUCAACAACCACAAAUGCAACACCUUUUGAACGUUGGUGAAGCUGUAUUGACGUACUUGACUUUAAAUUCCCCUGAGGGUCAGAAAAUCGAUAAGAAAUUAGAAAAUAUCCAACAGAGAUGGGCUGCCUUAUUAGGUAAACUAGAAGACCGUGCUAACUCACUUGGAGCAGCUGCAGAUACAAGCCGUGAAUUUGAUGCUCAGUAUACCCGUUUGCAUGAUGCUUUACAAGCUAUUUCUGAUAGUUUGAAUGAUUUACCAACCGAUAAAGAACCUGAAGAACAGUUGCGAAAGGUCGAAAAUCUUGAAAGACAAUUGGAUGGUCAAAGACAUCUUUUAACAGAUUUAGAAGCAGCAGGUGCUCAAUUAUCUGAAGUCCUCAGUGAUCCUGCAUCAAAAGCCGAUAUUCAAUCAAAACUUGGCACCAUAGAUAAACAAUAUAAAAACUUACAAAAAAAAUUGGGAAAUAAGAAAGCUGAAAUUGAAGGUUCUUUAAGAGACGGGCGUCAGUUCCAAGAAUCUUGUGCUAAAACACUUGGUUGGUUGUCAGACGAACUUAGCUUAUUAUCGGAACGUUUACUUGUAUCAGCUAAUAAAGAUAUUUUGGAACAGCAACUAUUCCAUCACGAACCAAUUUAUCGCGACGUUUUAGGUAGAGAACAUGAAAUUAUUAUGUUAUUGAAUAAAGGAAAAGAUGUGCUUUCUCGAAAUCCAAAUGUUGACAAUCGAUCAUUACAAAGAGAGCUUGACAAAAUACAACAAAACUGGGAAAAAUUACGCAGAGAAACAGUUGAUAGACAUACAAGACUGCAAACUUGUAUGGAACAUUGUCGAAAAUACUAUAAAGCUUUAGAAGCCCUUUUGCCAUGGCUUCGACAAGCCGAAGAUAAAUUAGAUUCAUUAAAACCAUCGUCGUUUAAGCGAAAACAUAUUGAAAAGCAACUUAAAGAAUUACAGGCUUUCCGAAAUGAUGUUUGGAAAAAAUCCGGAGAAUAUGAAAAUACUCGUUCACUAGGUGAAACUUUCUUAACCUCAUGUGAUACUGAUAAAGAUGUAGUAAAGAAUGAAUUGUCAUCUUUGAAACAACGUUGGGAUAGACUUAACAAUGAUUUAAUUAACCGAACGCAAGCCCUUGAAGAUCAAGCAAGAAAGUUGGUUGAUUUCAAUGAAAACAUUCGUGAUCUGCAGCAUAACGUCGAAAGGUGUGAAGAUAAACUAGGAUCACAUGAUGCCCUUGGUGGUGCAGCACGUGAUCCAAAAUUACUUGAUAGAAUAAAAGUUCUAAGGGACGACAUUGGAAAAUUAAAUAAACCUUUGCAAGCCUGCAGCACACAAGCAAAAGAUUUAAUACAUGAAGCUGCUGCAAACGGAAUCGAUGCAAAUCACCUUCAAGACGAUGUAGAUAAUUUACACGAUCGUAUUAAAGAAUUACAAGCUAAAGUUGACGAUCGAUGCUUAGAUCUUCAAUCAGCAGCUACUGCUGUCACUCAGUUCAAUGAUCAAGUAAAAGAUUUAACAGUAAAUCUUUCUGCCAUCGAAGCUGAAUUGGAUGGAAUGAAGCCCCCUGGUCGUGACUUUAAAACAGUAAGGGUACAAAUUGAUAAUGUUGGACAAGUUCUAAAAAAAAUUGACAAAGCUGCCACAAAAGUUGACAAUGCAGUUAAUGCAGGCGAACGACUUGUUGAUAGUGGAUUUGCUCCUGACACUGCUCAAACAAGACAGCAAGUAGACGGACUGAGAAAGCAAUUGGGUAAAUUAGAUGAAAGAGCACGUAACCGUGAACAGGAACUUGACAAUACUUUAAAGAAAUUAGAGAACUUCUAUCUUGCUCAAGCAAGUGUUUGUGAUGACAUUCAAGAUGCUUCUGAAGAGCUUAAGAAAAUGAAACCCGUAGGCUCUGAAGUUGAUACUAUUCGUGUUCAACAACAAGAUUUUAAAAAGUUUAGAGCAAAGAAAAUAGAACCUGUAGCUAAGAAACUUGAUAACUGCAAUAAAGUAGGACAAGGUCUUGUUCAGUCUGCUGCUCCGGGGGUAGAUACUGCCACCCUUGAAAAAGAUUUAGAGAAGAUGAACGAUAGAUGGAAUGAUCUCAAAGAAAAGAUUAACGACCGAGAAAGAAGACUUGAUGUUGGUUUACUACAAUCAGGUAAAUUUCAAGAAGCACUUGAUGGUUUGGAGAAAUGGUUGACGGAUACAGAAGAAUUAGUUGCAAAUCAGAAACCUCCGUCUGCUGAUUACAAAGUAGUAAAAGCACAACUCCAAGAACAGAAGUUUUUAAAGAAAAUGCUUUUGGACCGCCAAAAUUCUAUGUCAUCUUUAUUUAAUAUGGGUAAUGAAAUUGCUAAAGAAGCUGAUCCGAAAGAACGUAAAGCAAUUGAAAAGCAAUUAAAAGAUCUUAUGGGACGAUUUGAUGCUCUAACUCAGGGAGCUCAACAACGAACUCUUGAUUUAGAAAGAGCAAUGCAUGUUGCGAAACAAUUCCAAGAUAAAUUAUUGCCACUUCAAGAAUGGUUGGAUCGCAGUGAACGCAAAGUUAAAGAUAUGGAAAUGAUUCCCACAGAUGAAGAAAAAAUACAAAGUAGAAUUAGAGAGCAUGAUGCUUUACACAACGAAAUUCUUAAUAAAAAACAAGAUUUUACUGAGCUUACUGACAUUGCUUCCAAUUUAAUGUCUCUGGUUGGAGAUGAUGAAGCUUCUACCUUAGCAGAUAAAUUACAGGAAGUUACUGAUCGAUAUGGAACUCUGGUUGAAGCAAGUGAAAAUGUUGGUCAACUUUUAACUGCUUCACGUCAAGGGUUACGACACUUAGUUCUUACUUAUCAAGAUCUAGCAGUUUGGAUGGAUGAAAUGGAACAUCGACUUGGCAAAUACAAAGUAUUAGCGGUGCACACUGAUCGACUUUUGGAACAGAUGGACGAUUUAGCUAAUCUAACAGAAGACAUUUCUCAACGCCAACAAGACGUUGACAGUACUGUUGAUGCGGGAGUUGAAUUAAUGCGGCAUAUUUCUUCAGACGAAGCAUUGCAGCUUAAAGACAAGCUCGAUUCAUUACAACGUCGCUAUAAUGAACUCACAUCUCGUGGCUCAGAUCUUCUAAAACAUGCUCAAGAUCUCCUUCCUUUGGUGCAACAGUUUCAUGAUCAUCAUAAUAAAUUGGUUGAAUGGAUGCAAGGAGCUGAAGCAAUAUUGCAGUCGGCUGAACCUCACGAAAACGACAUUGCACGAUUAGAAUUGGAUCUGCAAGAACUUCGUCAAGUCCUAGAAGCUAUUAAUCUUUUAGGUCCGCAACUAUGUCAAGCUAGUCCUGGAGAGGGUGCAACUACAAUAGAAAGUCUUGUAACUAGAGACAAUAGACGAUUCGAUGCAAUUGCUGAACAAAUUCAAAGACGCGCUGAACGAAUUCAUUUAGGAAAACAACGAGCACUAGAAGUAACUGGAGAUAUAGACGAACUUUUGGAUUGGUUUAGAGAAGUAGAAAGUCAAAUUAGGGAUGCAGAAAAACCUUCCGCCGAGCCUGAUCUGAUACGUGUACAACUAAAAGAACACAAAGCUCUCAAUGAUGAUAUAUCCAGUCAGAAGGGCAGGGUACGAGAUGUACUAGCUACCGCUAGGAAAGUUCUUAGAGAAAGUCCUCCAAAUGAAGAUACUACAUUUAUUAGAGAAAAAAUGGAAGAUCUGCGUGAAGCUAUGGAUACUGUAUCUGCUUUAAGUUCAGAUAGGCUAGGCAUAUUGGAACAGGCUCUUCCACUAGCAGAACAUUUCCAAGAUACGCACGCUGGACUUUCCAAUUGGUUAUGUGAUAUGGAAGAACAAGUGUCCAUGCUUUCAAUGCCAGCCCUUCGCCCUAAUCUUAUUGCACAGCAGCAAGAUCGCAACGAAAUGUUCUUAAAUUCAAUAAAUGAACAUAAACCUCUUGUUGACAAGCUCAAUAAAACUGGUGAAGCUCUUAUAAAAAUUUGCAAUGAUGAUGAUGGUGCUAAAGUACAAGAAAUGUUAGACAGCUGCAAUGAACGUUACUCAGCUUUGAAAAUUGAAUUACGGGAACGUCAGCAGGCUUUGGAACAAGCUUUACAAGAAAGUUCACAAUUUACUGAUAAACUUGAAGGCAUGCUUCGCGCAUUAACAAACACCGCAGAACAAGUGCAAAAUCAGGAGCCCAUCUCAGCUCAUCCACCGAAAAUUCGCGAUCAAAUUGAUGAUAAUAAUGCUUUGGUUGGAGACCUUAGUAAAAGAAAGGAAGCCUAUGCAGCAGUAAAACGAGCUGCAAACGAUGUUAUCAACAAAGCUGGAAAUCUUUCAGAUCCUGCCGUUAAAGAUGUUAAACGAAAGCUUGAAAAAUUAAAGAGCCUUUGGGAUGAUGUUCAAAAAGCAACAACAGACCGUGGUAGAUCUUUAGAUGACGCACUGGAUGCAGCUCAGAAGUUCUGGAAAGAACUUCAUGCAGUUAUGGCAACUCUAAAAGAUCUUGAAGACUCAUUGAACAGUCAAGAGCCAGCAGCCGUUGAACCUAAAGCAAUACAACAACAACAAGUUGCUUUGCAAGAAAUUCGAAAUGAAAUAGAUCAAACCAAACCAGAAGUUGAUCAAGUCAGAACUUCCGGAAAGCAGCUAAUGAAAUUAUGUGGUGAACCAGAUAAACCAGAAGUUAAAAAACACAUUGAGGAUUUGGAUAAUGCUUGGGAUAACAUUACUGCUUUGUAUGCUAAAAGAGAAGAAAACCUCAUUGAUGCUAUGGAGAAAGCAAUGGAAUUCCAUGAAACAUUACAAAACCUACUGGAAUUCUUAAAUGAAGCUGAAAAUAAAUUCAAGAAGAUGGGUUCACUUGGUACAGAUAUUGAUGCAGUCAAGAGACAAAUUGAACAAUUAAAGAAAUUCAAAGCUGAAGUAGAUCCACAUAUGGUGAAAGUAGAAGCGCUAAACAGGAGUCUAACAAGGCAAGCACAAGAAUUAACAGAAAGAACAUCAGCAGAUAAAGCCGCGGUAAUUAAAGAGCCACUCACGACUGUUAACAAACGCUGGGAUGACUUGUUAAGAGGUAUUGUUGAACGUCAACGUUUAUUAGAGAAUGCUUUACUGCGUCUUGGUCAAUUCCAACACGCACUUAAUGAACUGUUAGUUUGGAUUAGUAAAACAGAUAAAACUCUUGAUGAACUUAAACCAGUUGCGGGAGAUCCUCAAAUUCUAGAAAUUGAAUUAGCAAAAUUAAAAGUGUUAGUAAAUGACGUGCAGGCUCAUCAAACGAGUGUAGAUACUCUUAAUGACGCUGGAAGACAAAUUAUUGAAAGUGGCAAAGGAACAGAUGAGGCUUCUGUUACACAAAGUAAACUUAAUACAUUGAAUUCUGCUUGGCGAUCGUUGCUUCAAAAAGCAGCAGAUAGGCAACGUGAACUUGAAGAUGCCCUCAAUGAAGCACAGCACUUCAACUCGGAAAUUCAAGAUCUUCUAUGUUGGUUAGGCGAUGUUGAUGGUAUUAUAACUGCCAGUAAGCCAGUGGGUGGUCUUCCUGAAACGGCUAGUGAACAAUUGGAGCGAUUUAUGGAAAUUUACAAUGAAAUUGAAGAAAAUAGGCCCAAAGUUGAAGCAGUAUUAGCUAGAGGUCAAGAAUACCUAAAGAAAGGUUCAAAUGCUGCUUCUAACUUGCAACACAAUCUUCGCACAUUAAAACAACGUUGGGAUUCUGUAACCUCGCGAGCUAACGACAAAAAGAUAAAACUUGAAAUUGCUCUCAAGGAAGCAACUGAAUUUCACGAUGCCCUUCAAGCAUUUGUUGAUUGGCUCACAAAUUCUGAAAAAGUUUUGUCUAAUCUGAAACCAGUGUCACGUGUCUUAGAUACAGUACAACAUCAAAUCGAAGAUCAUAAAAUUUUUCAAAAGGAUGUCAGUGCACAUAGAGAAACAAUGUUAAACUUAGAUAAGAAAGGAACACACUUAAAAUACUUCAGUCAAAAACAAGAUGUUAUUCUAAUCAAAAAUUUACUUAUUAGUGUUCAACACAGAUGGGAAAAGGUUGCAUCUAAAUCUGCAGAACGUACUCGAGCUCUUGAUUUAGGUUAUAAAGAAGCCAAAGAAUUUCACGACUCGUGGUUAGGCCUAAUGAACUGGCUAGAAGAAACCGAAUCAUCUUUAGAUGAAAUUAUUGAAGAUGUCACCAAUAAUCCCGAAAGGAUUAAGGUAUAUUUGAGUAAGCAUCAGGAAUUCCAAAGGGCUCUUUCCAAUAAGCAAGCUACUUACGAUAACACUAUGAAAAUCGGAAAGUCUCUUAAAGAUAAAGCACCAAAGAAUGAUGAACCCAUUCUAAAACAAAUGUUGUCAGAUUUAAAAGCAAAAUGGAAUUCAGUAUGCAAUAAAAGUGUGGACCGACAAAGAAAACUUGAGGAAGCGUUACUUUAUUCUGGACAAUUUAAAGAUGCCAUUGACGCUCUUCUUCAAUGGCUUAAAAAAGUGAAAGGAGAACUUUCUGAAGAUACUCCUGUUCAUGGGGAUCUAGAUACGGUUAACCAUCUAAUUGAUCAACACCGCCAACUCGAAAAAGAGCUAGAGAACCGUAAUAAGCAAAUUGAAUCUGUUGUUCGUAGUGGCCAAGAAUUGGUAUCCAAGGCAAACAGAUCCGAUGAAGCUGUUAUAAAAUCUCAAUUAAAUGAAUUAAAUACGUUGUGGGAAUCUGUGUCAAAUCUCACACGUCAUAAGUCAAGACGUCUUCAAGAAGCGCUUCAUGAAGCUGAACGAUUGCACAAGAAUGUUCAUAUGCUCCUAGAUUGGCUCUCUGAUGCUGAAAUGAAAUUGCGAUUUGCUGGUAAUGUUCCUGACGAAGAAAAUGCAGCUUAUGCUCAGUUAGAUGUCUUAGAAAAAAUAAGACAUGAACUUCAUGAAAAAGAACAAGAAAAGGAUUAUACAUUAGAACAAGCUCAUAGUGUGCUUGCAAAAGCUCAUCCUGAUGCUGUGAACGUGAUAAAACAUUGGAUAACCAUUAUACAGACCAGAUGGGAUGAAGUUUCACAAUGGGUAGCACAAAGAUAUCAAAAACUGUCAACUCACAUGCAGUCACUUCGUGACCUCGAUGAAUCGUUAGAAGAAUUAUUAGCUUGGUUGCAAGGGCUUGAAAACACGUUGUUGGCUUUAAAACGUGAGGAACUUCCAAUGAGCAUCCCUGCUACAGAACAACUGAUUGCAGAUCACAAAGAAUUCAUGGAAAAUACGCAAAGAAGACAACCUGAAGUUGAUAGAAUUUGCAAAGCCAAACAAAUUAAAGCAGGCCAUGGCAAAGAUAUAAGAAAAUUAUCAAAAAUUAAGCCAACUCGUGGAUCACAACAUGACAUUCGUGAAUCCUCACCUGAUAUUUACAGUUCACUUGGUCGUAAACAAAGCUUCAAAGGAUCAGCAAGUUUUCUUUCAUCCCGCAAAGGAAGCCGUACUAGUCCAGGCCGAGAACUUAGCCCAGAUCCCAACUUACCUCAUGUUGGACCGCGAUUCCCAGCUGCAGGAAGUUUUACUUAA